AUGGCCCGCAGCUCGAGCUCGGCCGUGCCGGUGCUGCCGCUGCCCAAGGGCGUGGUCCUCUUUCCGGGCAUCAUCCAGCAGAUCCCCGUGACGGCCAGCCGGCCCGACAUUCCGGCCCUCUUGGCGAGCAUAUACGCCCACGCGGCGAACAAGUCGACGGGCGAUGGAGGCGCAGCCGCCAUCAAUGCAGUGCCUAUCGCCUGCAUCCCCAUGGCGUCGCCGUUUGUCGGACCGCGCGGCCAGCUGCUGCUCGGCCGAGACACCAGCAGCACAAACAGCACAAACAGCACAGCCAACCCCGGCACACCGCCAGGCGACGCGCCCGAGUUCGUCGCCGGCAAGUCCACCAAGGCCGACCUCUUCAGCUGCGGCGUGGUGGCCAACAUCACCAGCAUCGAGGGCCGUGGGGCCGGCGAGUUCAUGCUGCACGUCGAGGGUCGAUCGCGCGUGUGGAUCGACAAGAUGGUGCAGGAGCAGCCGUGUUUUGAGGCCAAGGCGACGGUCGGCCUGGUCGAGGUCUUUGAGAAGCUCAAGAAUGCGUCCCGCGAGCUGGCCCAGAUCCUGCGCAUGGCCGCGUUCGUCUCGCCCGGACGGCCACACUCACGGCUCACGCCGAUGCUGGCCCGCCGGCUCGACUCGUACAUCCGCAGCAAGACAGCAGCCGAUGCGGGCGUGCUGGCCGACUUCAUGGCCAACAUCGUGGUGGCCUCGUACGAGGAGAAGCUGCAGGUGUUGGUGCUAUUCGACGUCAAGAAGCGGGUGGCCAAGGUGCUCGAGCUGCUAGAGCGCCAGGUCGGCAACAUCCGCAAUAGCGUCAAGUUCACCACCAUCACCGUCGAGACCACCGACGGCGACCAGCAAGACGGGCCCCAACCGCUGGUUCCCCGGAGCCAGGGCCUGCCGUUUGGCGUCAUCGUGCCGCCCGGCAGCCCGCUCGGCCACAACAACAACAGCCACAACGGCAUCGUCCCGAUCGGUGGCAGCGGGCUCUUUGGUCCCGGCGGUGCCUUCCGCCAGAAAAUGGGACAGCACGGCCAGCGGCCUCAACCGCCGCCAGAACAGCGCGAGCCGGACGAGAUCGAGGAGCUAGCCCAGAAACUCGAUGCGGUCGGCCUCAGCGCCGAGGCGGCCAAGGUGGCCGAGCGCGAGCUCAAGCGGCUGCGCAAGAUGGUCCCGGCCCAGGCCGAAUACACGGUUGUUCGGAGCUACCUCGAAACGCUGGCCGAGAUUCCCUGGUCGGCCGUGACGGAGGACCGGUUGGGACCCGGCACGCUGGCCAAGGCCCGGGCCCAGCUCGACAGCGACCACUACGGGCUCGAAAAGGUCAAGAAGCGUCUGCUCGAGUACCUGGCCGUGCUACGGCUCAAGCAGUCGGUCAACGAGGAGAUCGACGUUGAGGCCAAAACAAUACAACAGGAGCUGGAGCAGGCGCAGGCAAGGAUGGCUGAAGAGACUGAUGAGUCAGCACAAAUGGCUGAGUCAGCACAAACGACAACCGAGGCACACAAGGCCGCACAGCAGCAGGUAGAAACGGCCAUGGCCCGACUCGACGAGCUGCAGAAGCGACGGAUGCUGGACAAGUCGCCGAUCCUACUGCUGGUGGGACCGCCAGGUGUAGGCAAGACGAGCCUGGCACGAUCGGUGGCAACGUCGCUGGGCCGCAAGUUCCACCGGGUGUCGCUGGGCGGCGUGCGGGACGAGGCCGAGAUUCGCGGCCACCGACGGACAUAUGUGGCCGCCAUGCCCGGGCUGAUUAUGCAAGGACUGCGCAAGGUGGGUGUGGCCAACCCGGUGAUGCUGCUGGACGAGAUCGACAAGGUGGGCACGUCCAACUACCACGGCGACCCAUCAGCAGCGAUGCUGGAGGUGCUGGACCCGGAGCAGAACCAGGCGUUUGUGGACCACUACCUGUCGCUUCCCUACGACCUGAGCCGGGUGGUGUUUAUCGCGACGGCCAACAGCCUGGACACGAUUCCGGGGCCGCUGCUGGACCGGAUGGAGACGAUCCAGCUGCCGGGCUACACGACGCUGGAGAAGAAGCACAUUGCGAUGCAGUACCUGGUGCCGAAGCAGAUCCGGGCGAACGGACUGACGGCGACACAAGUAAGCCUGGACGAGGCUGUGGUGGCCCGGGUGAUCGAAUCGUACACGCGCGAGGCCGGCGUGCGCAACCUGGAGCGCGAGCUGGGGUCGGUAUGCCGGGCGAAGGCGGUGGAGUACGCCGAAGCCAAGGACGGCGGACGACUGGAGAUGUACCGAUCCCGGCUGACGGUAGAGGACCUGGAGGGCAUCUUGGGAUCGGAAAAGUUUGAGGAGGAGAUUGCAGAGCAGACGAGCCGACCGGGCGUGGUGACGGGACUGGUGGCCUACAGCUCGGGCGGCAACGGCAGCAUACUCUUCAUCGAGGUGGCAGCGAUGCCGGCAGGCGGCAGCGGCGGUGGCGGUGGCCGCGUGCAGCUGACGGGCAAGCUGGGCGACGUGCUCAAGGAGAGCGUCGAGGUGGCGCUGUCUUGGGUGCGGGCGCACGCGACGGACCUGGGCUUGUCACGUGACCCGUCCGAAGACAUUCUCCGAAACCGCAGCAUCCACGUGCACUGUCCGUCGGGAUCGAUUCCCAAGGACGGUCCCAGCAGCGGUGUGGCGCAGGCGAUCGCGCUCAUCUCGCUCUUCUCCGACCGUGCCGUGCCGCCGAGUCUGGCCAUGACGGGUGAGCUGACGCUGCGCGGCCGCGUCACCGCCGUCGGCGGCAUCAAGGAGAAGCUGAUUGGCGCUCUGCGUGCCGGCGUCAAGACGGUCCUGCUGCCGGCCCAGAACCGCAAGGACGUGCGCGAUCUGCCGGACGAGGUUCGUGCCGGACUCGCCAUCGUGUACGUGAGCCACGUCUGGGACGCCAUCCGGCACGUCUGGCCCGACGUCCGCUUUCCCGGAGCCGAACGGCUCGCCGCCGUCGAGAGCCGGCUGUGA